CACAUGUGAUGUUGUGUAAACGCGUGAAACAGCAUACUUGUGUGAAUUCAUCGAUAUCUUUUGAUUAUAUCAUCGACCCUUUUGCCAUUGGUUUCUAUUAUCGGGUGUAGCUUCUAUUCAAUGUUGACAUAAUUUAAAAUGUUUAGCUGAUAGCAGUUGACUGUUUGUUGUUGAUUAGCUUGUGAAAGUAAAUGCAAUCAGGGGGAGUGUUUGUGUUCCGUUCAGAUCUAUUAGGAACAUGUGAUUCAGAAGAAGCAAAGUUAAAGCCUUUGAGAUGACCUCUCCAAAAAGUUAUCUAGAACCCACGGAGGCCAUUACACCUUUCCAGCAGAUGGUGGCGUCCUGCUCUGGGGCAAUUAUUACAUCACUGUUCGUAACUCCUCUGGAUGUUGUGAAGAUAAGACUGCAAGCACAGAAGAAUCCUUUUCCCAAAGGAAAAUGUUUCGUGUACUGUAAUGGCUUGAUGGAUCAUUUAUGUGUCUGUGAAAACGGAAAUGGAAAGGCAUGGUACAAAGCAUCCGGCCAUUUCAGCGGCACUGUGGAUGCCUUCAUUAAGAUUAUACGUCGGGAGGGAGUUAGAUCUCUGUGGAGCGGCCUUCCUCCAACACUUGUGAUGGCGGUGCCUGCAACCAUGAUCUAUUUUACAUGUUAUGAUCAGCUGUGUGCUGCUCUGAAGGUCAGGAUGGAAGACAGAUCAGACUUGGCGCCACUAUUGGCUGGUGCUAUCGCAAGAGUGGGCUCUGCCACAGUAAUCAGCCCCCUGGAGCUGAUCCGCACAAAGCUUCAGUCUGAGAAACAGUCAUACCGGCAGCUGAGCGCUGUGAUCUGGUCUUCAGUGCACAGCGAAGGCUGGCAGUCUUUGUGGAGGGGCUGGGGUCCCACACUGCUCCGAGACGUCCCCUUUUCAGCGAUGUACUGGUAUAACUAUGAGAAGGGUAAAGCCUGGCUCUGUGAAUACUACGGCUCUUCCAAUCCAAACUUUACUAUCACAUUCACAGCUGGAGCACUGUCUGGAUCGAUUGCAGCGAUCGUCACUCUGCCGUUUGAUGUGGUGAAAACGAGACGACAGGUGGAAAUGGGUGAACUGCACGCAAUGAAUUUGUCCACGCACGUCUCAUCCAGCACAUAUAAUGUGAUGAAAAGGAUAGUAUCAGAAAAUGGUCUAUCGGGACUAUUUGCAGGUUUUAUGCCAAGGCUGAUUAAAGUGGCACCAGCGUGUGCCAUCAUGAUCAGCACAUAUGAGAUUGGAAAAGCUUUCUUCCGCAGACACAACCAGGAGAAACAAAUUGUGACCACACACACCUGAGACACAGCAGCUACGCAGCAAAUCACUAAAUUACGAACAACAUUUAAUCACUGGACUUUGUUUAAAUGCAUUAGAAAAAUACAUUUUCACAUCAUGCAUGCAUUGUAGGCUUCUGUCUAUAGCAGAUAUUCUUUGAGAUCUGUUGCUGUGAAAUUAUCUGCCUUAAGUAAAUAUUCAUUUAAAAGUGUAAAGGAGGAACAUGAUGCACAUGUUUUGGAUAUUAAGAUGCAGCUUCUACUUGGAUCAAAAUCAGAACAUUUAAUAUUCUCAAUUAUUUUAUUUAUUUAUUGAUGAAGAGAGGUGAAUAAAAAAACUCUUAAAUCUAACUCGUCAAGAAGCUCUUUAAUAUUUUGACAAAUUUUAUUCUCGCCAAACACUAAUACAUCCCAGUGUUUAUUUCGGUGGUUUUAAUCUAAAUGUUAGAUUUAAAUAUCAAUAGCCUUCUGUUUGGGUAUUUGUUAUUUCUGUUUUUGUGUUUAUAAGUGAAGACAAUGUCUGUGAAUGGUGCCGAAACUAAAGCAACUCUAUUGUGUUAUAUAUAUAUAUAUAACUGAAUGCUGUGUUAAAAUAAAAACAUAAUGAUCCUGAUCUUACAAAGUAAGAUUGGAUAACAGCAUUUAAAAUAGUAGAACUGUAUGUCAUUU